AAAACCAGAACGGAACCGGCCGGCAGUUUCCGCUCUUGUGCGCCGCAUCAACCGAGCCAUCGUCAGCCACAUGGCUAAUCCAACGAACAUUAUCCGGGAGAUGGUCAGCGGGCGGCGUAACCGCUACACCCAAGAUGACUUCAAUCUGGAUCUUACGUAUAUUAAGGCGAAUAUUAUCGCCAUGGGCUACCCGGCGGAAAACAUGGAGGCCAUCUACCGCAACAAUCGUGAGGACGUGCUGAAGCUGCUCACAGAAAAGCACGAGGGCAAGUACAAAGUGUACAAUCUUUGCUCGGAGCGUACCUACGACACCAAAUUGUUUCCGUACCACGCCGAAUAUCCGUUCAAAGAUCACAACCCGCCGGACAUCGAGCUCAUCGACAAGUUCUGCAAAGAUGUGUACAACUUCUUGAAUGCUGAUAGAUCUCACGUCGUGGCAAUUCAUUGCAAGGCUGGCAAAGGUCGUACGGGUACGAUGAUCUGUUGCUACAUGCUUUACGACAACACCUUCAACACGGCCAACGAGGCUCUGACAUACUACGCCGAGAAGCGCACAAAGGACAAAAAAGGAGUCACCAUUCCUUCGCAACGCCGAUACGUGGAGUAUUACGAACAGUUGCUACGUAACAACCUAACCUAUCGGAAAGUUUCGCUAUAUGUUCUUGAACUGCGCAUCUUCCCCGCCGAUUUACCUCUGAAAGUGGGAUCCAUCCAGCAGAAGGAUUCGAAGGACCCACUGCCAUUGACGAAGUUCCGCCGUAUGGAGGAUUACAUAUCGGUGGAGCUCGAUUGCUGUAUGCCACUAGCCGGUGAUGUGAAGGUUGAGUUUCGUGCCAACAAGCUGGACAAAGGAUGGCAUUUUUGGUUCAAUACGUUUUUCGUCGAGCUCGCUGGUACCUACGAUUCGCAGGGUCGAUUGGUGCUUGCGCUGGAUAAAAAAGAGAUUGACGAUGCCCAUAAAGGUAACGCCAAAAAGUGUCCGGAACAGGUGCAAGUCUUUCUGAAUCCGCGCGGCAAAAGUUCCGAUAAUUUGGACGCCAGGCCACCGACGCAGUCUCUAAUCGAAGGCAAUCAGAAGAAUGCUUCGCAAAACAACCAUCACGUGCUACAUUACCAACAGCCGGCUGUUCCACAAGAACAGCAGCAGCUGCAACAGAGGCACUAUAUUGCUAUGCGGGAUCAUCCACCAAACCGUAGUCAAUCGCUGAUACCUAGUUCCAACUUCAACGAUCCUUUGCAGCUGCAUCAUCGAUCGGUGAACAACAAUCGCGCUUCACUGGGCAAUAAUCAGCAAAAUAGCAGCAUUUAUUGUAACAUCGGGAUCAACAUUCCGGAUGUUGAAAGGCAGACACAACAGCAGCAACAACAGCAGCAGCAACAGCAACUCCAGCUUCAGCAACAGCAGCUCCAACUGCAGCAUCAGCAGCAGCGUCAGCUGAACCAUUCCGGAGGCUCUUCGGAGGGUACGGAUGAAGAUUGGGAAUCCGGUGAGUGUCAUACAGUAGUAUCGGAAACCAUGUGCAAAUCAAGACCAACUACAACAGCUACUACAUCAGCAACAACCGCGAAUACAACAACAGCUACGAUUACCUCGAUCACUACAGCAACAACAAUCCCCAGUACAACAACACCCGUUCUUACCACAUCCAACCAAACCAGUAGUAGUAGUAGUAGUAGUUACCCCGUUGUGCAAUGUCCACCAAUUAUACCACCAGCGCGAGCAACGAUGGUAGUAGCAGUGGCAGCGACAGAAGCAACGAUAUCACUCCCCAGCAACAAAACCUCUACCUCCCUUCCCUCCUCUUCCGCUCGUCGUUGUUGCAUCAGUGACAACGAAAAUUAUCUUCUCACUCGUAGUAGUUGUGGGCUCAUCAGUAAAAGUAGUAAAAGUAGUUACGAUCGGCUCGUCUCCGAGCAAGAGCCCUGUGGUAGCGAUAGUAGUACCAUUACAAACACCACCACCACCAUCACCAACCAAACACUUAACCAAAUUUGCCGGUUCCAUCCGAUCCACCCUUAUUCGGCAAAUGACGGCAAUCCGUCAUUCCGAUCUGGUGGUACCGCUUCCGGUGAGUCCUCAUCGUUGGCAGUGAUGUUGUAUGAUGCUAGUUCGCUACAGUUCGGUAAUUAUGCUGAUCAUUUGUUGCGAGAAUCUCACACUUUGCUGGCCGGUGGUGCCGUUCCACAGCAGGAACAAAUGGCGAAAUCGCACGGGAUUUUGAGAUCGGGAAUGAUUGAUUCGAUGGAUCGAUCCGGCUCUAGGGAAGAUCCGAUUGAUUUGGUAAAUGUUUCAUCGGUAGAUGAUCGCGGUGCUAGUGGAGGUGAUGGUAGCGUCACCAAAGGCAAACUCUCCUCCUCUUCCCCUUUCCGACGGUUCGGUAUGGCGAUGAGGCGUAGGAAGAAACGUUCCCUAAAGCUGAAGCACACCACUACCGGCAGCAGCAACGGCGGUAUCGGUGGGAACGCCACCACACUGUACGGGUCCUGUGCCAGUAAUCUUUCCGGCAUUUCGGUGGGUAACGGUUCGGUAAAGGGUAUGAUGACAGCUGCCAAUGACGGUAGCGGAGUGGGUGGUAGCAGCAAAAGGACGAAGCUAAAAUUCCGUUGGCUUCGCAAUAUGCGUAGCAAUCCCAAUCUGAAGGAGACACUUGCCAACAGCAUUCAGCUACGCACGACGACCACUAUUGGUGCGGGUGUUGGUGGUAGUGGCUGCCUGCUUGAAGUGGCAAAAGGUACGACCACCACCUCGACCAUGCCUAUCCCGAGAAGCCCUCCGGUAUCUUCCAAGAUGCCAAUAUUGGACGUUGCAAGUGGUGGUGGCGGAGGUUCCGUCGGCUCAAAGCUAGUAGCAGGUGACGUUACUGCAGGCAUGAAAGAGAUCGCUUGUACCGACUAUUACUCAUUUCUGUGUGAUAAUCAGUUGAGCUAUGAGUCCCCAAGCAAAAGUCCUGGAAAUAUGAUGCGGCUAGAAUUGGCACUGGCUCGUCGACCAUCCACCAUCGAAGAGGUGCUUCAGCAGCAGUCGCCGCCAACACCACCACCGCUGCCGUCUCCUAUCUUGCCACCGUCAUCACCGGCAGCGAUAACCGUACGAUCCGACACCGACUGUAGCGUAGUGAAACCGAGCGCAGCAAACGUGCGGAUAGGAUUUGACGUCAGUCCUGUGCCGGCAUCACCUAUCGAUACCGUUGCUCAAGGUUCGUCUUCGAUCGAGAGUUCAUUCGAGAUGAUAGAGAAAGGCGAGGCAGCAGCAAUAAUGGAACCGUCGAAGAAUGUUGCCUGCAUCGAACGUCCUGAUGGAGUGUUGACUCUGAUUUCCGGCAGUGCUCCGGGACAUAGUUUCUGCAACAAACUAUUGCAGCACAUUGUGACCUCGGUAAGCGGUGGGCGUAAGAGUGCGGCCGAAUCAACGGUUUCUAACGACUGCAAAAAACAGGAUGUUGGUGAAGGAACGCCUGAAUGUUGUUCCAGUGUAGACGCUACCGUACGCCGUUCAUCCUCAUCAUCCUGUUCGUCCCUGACGAUGGUACAUCCGGUAGAAGCUGGCGAAAGUCCCGUCCUUGCGCGUAGCAAUCGUUGUGCACCGUUCUCGUUUCGUGAUAUAAGGUCUGAGCUGUGUGCAGCCAUGAAGAUACCGAACCCAAAACCUCGAACCCAACCAUCAUCGUCGUCUUCGUCUUCAUCGUCGAAUAUUGCUGGUGCAUCGGCUGUUCGUUCGAUUGAACGUACUCUGAGCGCUCCUGUCGCAGUACAAACACUCGAAUCGGCGAGCGCUGCAAAUGGCGAGAACGUCGUUGGGUUUGCAUCUUUCGCUGGCAAUAUUACCACCUCCACUAGCACCAACGUGUCUUCCGCGAACGGAUCAUUGUUACCAACACUAAAUCGAUCGCAGUCCGAUCGCCAUCUUGGCGAUGAGCAUCGAUCUGUGGGCCAUCGGCGAUCGGGCUUAGGACACUGA